AUGAACACCGGUGUUGCAUCUGACGAGCACCGUGACAAGGCGCACAGGGGAGAGCCAGUAGAGGGGAAAAGAAAAGCGGUGGUGGUGGUGGUGGUGGCCUGUAUAAUAGUGCGCAAAGGACCGUUGGAGACAGGGAAAGGGGGAAAGGCGCUCGAGUGGGGAAACGACGGUCGAAAAGAACGGACGGCACAGGAAUGUAUGAAUAGUCAAUUAAGAGACACACCAGCUAGAGCGUGUAUAUACGAAGGAGUGUGGGAGAACGAGGGGAACAGUAGCGUGAGAGCGGGCGCCAACAAGUAUCAAGGACCACACAUUUGGUCGGCUGAAUCAAGAGUAAUCGGACUACCAGAUAGGAGGACCUGGGACGGCAGUCGAGGGCCGAUCGUCCCCACCGGAGGAACGAGGAUCUUAGGUUCACUAGUCCGUGGUGAGACUGCAGGGCAUCGGCAUCACAGCGACUCGUGCUGGAAAUGGAAAAGCGGAGACUUCGGCUCAAACAUCACUCCAUCCGAUAUUCAUCCGUCCAAUACUGAUGGACCCAAGGAAGAGCAGCCAUCGCCAGGGGGGAGUAAGAAGCAAUGCUCGGUUAUGACGGGCUGCAUCAGCCGUACGGAGGAUAAUAAUCUGAACUAA